AUGCAUGCCCUCCCGUCAGCCUUCGUAUGCGGCCCAAAGGAAACAAGCAGAUCCACUCUGAGAUUCGAACUCCAUAUUUGCCAUCCAACUCCACAAGAUAUAAAUCUGGGACCCACGACUGGCCUUCCUGCCAUCACAUACUUGACCUUAGUCCCACUCUGCGACCUUCGCCCCGCCCUCCCCCAGCUGCCUGACACCACACGCCACCAGCUCUCUUACUCCCCACUAACACAGCUCUCGCACCCCCCCCCCCCACCUUUGAGACUGCUCUUAAACCUCCCCAACCCUGAAUACAGCUCUCACCCCCCUCCACCUUUAACACAGUUCGCACCCCCACACUUAACACAGCUCUCACACCCACCUUUAACACAGCUCCCACCUCUCCCCAACGCUUAA